AUGGAGAGCUCAGAUCCAUGCUUGGUGAUUGGAAUUGAUUUUGGGACAACCUUCUCCGGCUUUGCGUAUGCCUUUUCAGAGCAGCUGGACCGCGAAGAACCGACUGUGCUCACCAGCUGGAGAACAACCGGUACUUUCAACUCGGACGAUGCGAAGGUACCCUCGAAAAUUUGUUACGAUGACGACAAAAUCCUCUGGGGUUUUGAAGACUCGCCAGAGGAAGAAACGCUGCGAUGGUUCAAACUUCUGCUGGUUGAUGAGACCGACCUGCGACACGAGCUGCGCGAUAGCAAGUACCUCAAGCGAGCGCGCGAGCUGAUGGAGCGAAACCGCAAAACUCCGGUGCAGGUUGCCGCCGACUAUCUCCAGUGCCUCUGGGCUCACGCAGAAGAACGCAUGGAGCGCGAGCAAGGCUACAGUGCGGUGACUUCUUUGCCUUUCAAGAUCGUGCUCACGGUACCAGCGAUCUGGCCCGAGAAAUCCAAGGGAAGGAUGAUCCAAGCGGCCAAGAUGGCGGGACUCAACAAGAAGCGCCUUGCGGGAGAAACGACAAUAAGUCUUGUUUCGGAGCCUGAAGCCGCGGCGUUGGCAACCCUGGCAGACUUCAGAGGACGAUCGGACGUGAAGUCGGACGACAUCUACAUUGUCUGCGACGCUGGGGGCGGAACAGUGGACAUAAUAACCUACCAAAUCGAACGCACUGAGCCGAUGGUGAUGGAAGAGUACGUGCGGGGAGAAGGAAAGCUUUGUGGUGCCGUUCUGCUGGAUGAAGCUUUCGAAAACACAAUGAAAUUGAGUUUGGGGAAGAAGUGGGGAAAUUUGGAUCCGGACGUCGUCAAGCAGUUCAUGGAAACCGAAUGGGAGAGGGGUGUAAAGCGAGCCUACCGUGGUACGGCCCAGUCGUUUACCGUCAGGCUGCCAGUUGAGGCCUUCGCCGUGAAAAGGCUCAAUCUUCACAAGCCAAUGACAGACAAGAAGAAAGACAUUACUGAUGGGAAAAUCCGUCUCGAAAGCGGUCACAUGAAAUCUAUUUUCGACCCAGUGAUCCAAAAGAUACACAGCCUGGUGGACCAGCAAGUUUCCGAGAUUGAGAAGAAAGGAUAUAGGAAGCCAAAGGCUAUUAUUCUUGUUGGUGGCUUUGGCGGCUCUGACUUCCUUUACCAGCAACUGAGGCGUGAGCAAUGUGGAAGGGGAAUCGAAAUUCUACAACCAAGCGGAUCAAAGCCGUGGACUGCUAUCUGCCGGGGAGCUGCUCUUCGAGCUGGAACAAGCUUCCAUGGAAGCCACGUGGCGUCCCGCAUAUCCCGUAUUAGCUAUGGGGUCAGGUAUAACACGCGCUUUGUGGAGGGCAAACAUCUCGAGGGCGACAAGUAUUGGUGCAAGGUAGAAGGAGCUUACUUUGCUCAACAACAGAUGGAAUGGUAUCUAAAGCGGGGGACAAGACUAGACGAUCAAAGGGCCGUGAAGCUGACCUGGAUUCGGCACGUCGCAGAACUGCCCGAUCAACUGUUCUCAACGACAGUGUUCGGAUGUAGCGAAUCCGACCCACCCGAUAGGUGCGAGCGGACCGUCAAUGCUUUGUGUGAAGUCAGUUGCCGUCUUCCCUUGGCCUUCGAAUCCUUGCCUGUUGUCAUCGGUUGGGACAAUCGACCGUAUCGAAGGAUCUCGUACGUCAUAGAAAUGACCCCGACAGACUCGGGCCUUGAGUGGGCAGUUUCAAUGGACGGUGUACGGAUUGGUCAGGAAAAUGUUGAGGUCGAAUACGAAUAG